AUGGUGAACAAGAUUGUACCAUUCCAAGGACUCUCCACCCUCCUCCUGGGUAGGGGUGGUAAACGAGCCAAACGAGCCAACCUUCUCUUGUUCUUAAUUUUGCUUACGGAGAUGAUCAUCACAGGCAAAGGCUCUAUUCAACUUGUCCAUGUUUUUCUUCUUGUGGUUUUACCAUACUUGAACCUUGCUCUUGCACUCUCCUCCUCAGGAGUUGGAGAUGCAGAAAUAAUCAGGUGCAUAGAGAAGGAGAGACAAGCUCUCCUCAAGUUUAAAGAAGCUCUCAUCGAUGAUUAUGGUUCUCUCUCUUCUUGGGGGACUAAUAACGAAGAAGAUCUAAAUGACUGUUGCAAAUGGGAAGGGGUCCACUGCAACAACCACAAUAAUACUACGAGUCACGUCACCAUGCUCGAAUUACACUAUUUGAGAGGUAAGAUUAGCCCUUCAUUGCUUGAAUUACACCAUUUGAGGUACUUGGACCUUAGUGGGAAUCUUUUCUCAGAAAACCGUAUCCCAAAGUUCAUUGGAUCCCUCCGCAGAUUACAAUACCUCAAUCUUGCGAAUGCUGGUUUUUAUGGCGCAAUUCCUCAGCAGUUCAAGAACCUUUCCAACUUGAGGCAUCUUGAUCUCAGUUUCAAUGAUAUGCUGAGUAGUGAAAACCUUGAGUGGCUUUCUCAUCUUUCUUUACUAAGUCACCUUGACCUUUCUAUGGUUUCACUCAGUAAAGCAACUGGUUGGGCUCAAUCCAUCAGUGAUCUCCCUAUCCUCAACGAGUUCCUAUCUUCUUUGAUAUUCAACUGGUUGUUCAACUUCAGUAGAAGCCUUGCUUAUAUUGACCUCGGAGAUAACGAGUUAAAAGGUUCGAUUCCAGAUGCCUUCGGAGACAUAGUUUCCCUCACAAACCUCAGACUGAGUGGCAAUCAACUUGAAGGUGGCCUUCCGAAAUCCUUUGUUAAUUCAAGUCAUCUACAAUCUUUGGAUCUGUCAGAUAAUAAUCUAACGGAAGAGCUUCACGAGUUUCUGCAAAAGUUGUCCGUUGCCUGA